AAGCAAAACACUGCAGCACCCUCGCCGCUCAGAGUUGGGAAGGAAUUAAGGAGGCUGUGCCUCCGGGUCCUGGUCGUUUGUCAGAGACCUUGGGCAGGUGCGCCUUAAAGGAACGUCGCGAACACCGCGAGAAUCUGAAAACGCACGUCUGUCGGGCUGCUUGGGCGAGACACAGAAAUCGGCGCCUCUUGGAGGGAAGCUCAGGAGAGCCUGAACGCCAGCCAGGAGAGCCCGAACGUGCUCUUUGGCAUGAGGGAGAGAUGGCUGCUAGAACGCUGUGAGCACCGCCAGGAACCAUGGCUUCCGGCUUGGGCCCCGCCUAGCAGCCCCAGCUACCCUGCCAGGCCCAGCGAGAUGUGCCCCUAGACCAGCAUGGACGGAGCCCGGGGCGCGGCCCUGCAGCUGCAGCAGCUCCCACCCACCAGCAGCGGCCCCUCCAUGAGCGAGGGCUCCUUCUCCUACAAGGAAAACUUGAUUGGCGCCCUCCUGGCGAUCUUCGGGCACCUCGUGGUCAGCAUUGCCCUUAACAUCCAGAAGUACUGCCACAUCCGUCUGGCAGGCUCCAAGGACCCCCGGGCCUAUUUCAAGACCAAGACAUGGUGGCUGGGCCUGUUCCUCUUGCUGCUGGGCGAGCUGGGCGUGUUCGCCUCCUACGCCUUCGCCCCCCUCUCGCUGAUCGUGCCCCUGGGCGCCGUCUCUGUGAUAGCUAGCGCCAUCAUAGGAAUCAUAUUCAUCAAAGAGAAAUGGAAGCCUAAAGACUUUCUGAGGCGCUAUGUCUUGUCCUUCGUUGGCUGUGGUUUGGCUGUUGUGGGCACCUACCUACUGGUGACAUUCGCACCCAACAGUCACGAGAAGAUGACGGGCGAGAACAUCACCAGGCACCUCGUGAGCUGGCCUUUUCUCUUGUACAUGCUGGUGGAGAUCAUCCUGUUCUGCCUGCUGCUGUACUUCUACAAGGAGAGGAACGCCAACAACAUCGUCGUGGUUCUCCUCCUGGUGGCCUUACUUGGCUCCAUGACGGUGGUGACAGUCAAGGCCGUGGCCGGGAUGCUGGUCUUGUCCAUUCAGGGGAACCUGCAGCUCGACUACCCCAUCUUCUACGUGAUGUCCGUGUGCAUGGUGGCCACCGCCAUCUACCAAGCCGCGUUUCUAAGUCAAGCCUCGCAGAUGUACGACUCCUCUCUGAUCGCCAGCGUGGGCUACAUUCUGUCCACCACCAUCGCUAUUACGGCGGGGGCCGUGUUUUACCUGGACUUCCUCGGGGAGGACGUGCUGCACAUCUGCAUGUUUGCGCUGGGGUGCCUCAUCGCAUUCUUGGGUGUCUUCUUGAUCACACGUAACAGGAAGAAGGCCACUCCAUUUGAACCCUACAUUUCCAUGGGCGCCAUGCCAGGUAUGCAAAACAUGCACGACAAGGGGAUGACAGUCCAGCCUGACCUCAAAGCUUCCUUCUCCUACGGGGCCCUGGAGAACAAUGACAACAUCUCUGAGAUCUACGCCCCUGCCACACUGCCAGUCAUGCAAGAGGAACACGGCUCCAGAAAUGCCUCUGGGGUUCCCUACCGAGUCCUGGAGCACACCAAGAAGGAAUGAGCCCCCGCCCCCAAAUAACGGUUCUCUUCCCUCCGUAUAUAACAGUUCACACCAGGCUGCUAGUGUUCAACCCUCGACUCUCACACUUGCCUUUCAAGUCCUAGUUUUAUUUUCAAAGAGAACUCAGUGAAAGGGACCUUGGAAAGCCUUUGUCUCUGGCAGAGGAUCGGUGAUCGUGACCUUAGUCCGUCAUGAAGGUGGGGAGGUGGGGUCACCCUCUGUCUGGCUCAGCCCGGGAGCAUUUGGGAAGCCUUCGCAUCGCUCCUCGGCUGGGAACCUGAGGUUACCACAUUCUUCAGAGCGAAAGCGAGGCAGAGUCUAUUCUCACUUUUCAAAUCCAGCCGAAGCUGGACACCUGGAGGUCUAGGCCUCCCCUCGUGUGCAUGCGUCACCUGUACCCUUCUCUCACAGUGCCGCGUUUGUGGCGACAUGCAUGGCCCCUCGCACGGACCCCACGGUGGGGUCGUCGGUGGGCCGCCCGGCCGGGACUCCUCUCUCGGGUGUCAGAAGUGGACCUCUCCUUCCAGUGAUGAUGUGCUCAGUGCACUUCUACUGGAGCUGCUCUGGAGACGGACUGGGUUUGGGCCUGUGAGAACUAAAACGUGGCCGCUUUUUCUUUCCUCUAAAGGAACUGGGAAGCUAGGAGGAGGAGGGGGAGAGGUUAGGAGGGUGGUGGGACUUUGGCCCGUAAAGGAAGAUCGCUCUUGCUCGUACACGGGGUGGUGCGUCACUCGGGAAAGGACGGGCAGCACCUCUGGCUGUUGCUGCUACUUCGCUGCACACCGUGCCCUCGGGGAGGUUGGGGUGCUCAUGUCGGAGCAGCCGCUGCACCUCCUUCAUACUCCCUGGGUCCACAAACCAAGCCCGAGUUGGCGAUUCCUUUCCUUGGAGUGACCAGGGGCUCGGUCCUCACCCCUGUGCUCGGAUGUCGAGAGGAAGCACCCUCAGGGGGCUGCUGCUCCCCUUCUGGCUGUGUACCCGACCGUCUCCCCCAGGCUGACUGUAUUUUUGGGGUGGCCAGUCAGGAUUACAGAUGUCAGUGAGCAUAAGGAUGCCCCAGGAGCUUCUUUAAAGUACAGACUCCCACACCCACGGCAGCCGCUCUGCGUCCGCAGGACUGAGCUCCGUGUGCUCUCGGGUCUUCUGAUCCCAGGCAUCCGGAGAGACACCUCGAAGGCCUAAUAGUGGGAAAGGUGACCUGCUCAGACCCCCAGGGACCCGGCCACCCUCACGCCACCCCCUGCUAGAAUGUUAGCGUCAGUCUCUCUGAGGUUCUGGCAGGCCGGCAGCCCACGGGGUCCGCAGUAUGCCAGCACCACCACAGCCUCCCCCGUGAAUACUACUGAGGGCUCCACGCAGGGCUCCACGCAGUGCUUCCAAAGGCGGCCUUCAACUGCAGGCCCGUUAACAGUGUUCCUAGCUCGCCCCUCUCUGCGGGUUGUGCUUCGUACCGAAGGAGCACCUUGAGUUCAAAACCCAGCAUCUGUGUCCUGUGGGGACCACUUACUGUGUUCUUAAGGCCUGAGAAGGCAAGACCGUGUGCUUUCCCUCGGAUGUUGGUCAGCUCGAUUCUACACUUCCAGGGCGUUUACUGUGUGCUAAGCACGUGCUUGGAGACAACGCUUUACAAAGACAAGUGUCUGCACAGCCUGAGAGAUACACAGAUACCUGGGGACGUCUGGCAGGGCAGGCCAUGGGAGGUGUGAAGGACAGAAGGGACCCACAGACAUGGCGGAUGUGGGGGUCCUUCCCAGGGCUGGGCUCAAGCCCAGUGGGCAUGCAGAAUUGGAGAUGGUUUGGCCCCACCUGCAGGUAGGUGUGACUCUAGCUGAGAUUUGAACAAAGCUUGGGAUGCAGAGGGGCCUGCGUUUACAGCGUAGGGAUUGGGGUAGGUGUGGCAAAGCCAGGGAAGGUGGUGGAGGCAUCGCAGAGGCUCCUGAGUUUAAAGGGUGUCCUGCAUGGUAUGGGAGCCAUUGAAGGUUCAUGAGGAAGAGGGCAGCCGGGCUGCACUGCUCUGCUCCUGCCGCACUGCCAGGCAUGCAAGAGGCAGGAGAGGGAGGCUUUCAGGUGGAGGGGGGCAGGGGCAGGCUCUGUGCCCGUGGGGACAACAACGGGGGAGUUUAAAUCACGUUUUGCUGCUGUUUGGAUAUUCCUCAUUUCCUGGGUGGCUUUUCUAAGACUGGAGGUGACAGUGGGUAAAGAGAAGGCGAGUGGGGGCAGUUUACGCGGGUCACCCCCAGGUGGUCUGCAACAACCGUGACGUUUGUUCCCACUCUGCACAGCCCCUUCCUCCCCGUGUUUCCUAAUGGGCCUUUUAGUCUUGGAUCGGCCAGCAUUCUCAGCGGAGUGGAUACAUGUGCGUUUUCAGGCCUGCCGCAGUUCUGGAGACAGGGCCACCCAGGAGCUGCCUUUGGGACCUGGGACAGCUCCCCUGUCUCAGCGCGGGGCAGGGGCAUCACCUCGUGAAGUGGAGCUAGCAGGGGGCUGAGCAGACAGUUGGCUGGUGGUUUCCUGGUGGAAGCCAGGGUUUGGUCACGUGGUGGCCUGGAGGGACAGCUGUUGUGUGUUCCAGAUCUGUCUUGGGUUGGCUUCUCCCUGUCUGUGUCCCCAGGUGGAAAAGAACCGUUUGCUGGCGGCAUUAAGCAGCUCUGGCUGUAGGAACAGGGAAGGCCCCAUCAAUUCCCACCUACCGGCCUGAGUCUUUAUUCGCACUCACGACUCGACAGCCCCAGCUCUCUUGAAUCUCCCGAUCACAUGUCAAUCUCCAUGUCCUUCCUAGCAGCUGGGCACCUGAUGCCAGGUCACCAGACGAGGGCUUUCUCUUCAGUUGUCCUCUGUCAUCCUCCCACCCCAGUUCCCCUCUUCAAAGGCUGGGAUUCUGAGCUCUCUGAUGAGACAGAACAAGUUCUUCACAGACUGGUAUCUUCGAAAAGGGAGCCCGACUCCUCCCAAGAAGCUGCAGGCCUGAUGGGCUGCACGUGAGCUGUCAGUGCUGUGUGCUGUAGCGUGGACUUGAACCUGGGUGGGAAGGGGGGACGGCAGCGUGAGCUGCGAGUGCUGUGGGCUUGAACCUGGGUGGGAAGGGGGGACGGGCAGCGCUGCUGCUCUCCAGGGGAAGUCAGCCAGCCUGGCGGUGCCCUGUGGGUACGAGGGUCCCUCGGGAGGUGCUUGGGACCCUGCCUGCAGCCUUCUGUGUUCCAAGUCUGGCCCAACACUGGCUGACACGCGAGAAACCGACGUGUAGCUCUGAGAAGUGAAUAAAUGAAGGCACCUAGAGUAUAUUUUGUGUGGAUGCUUAUAUUUUGUUAACCUCGUGACUAAUAUGGCAUGUCUUAUUUUUCAAAAACUGUGUGUCCUAGAUGCGAGUAACACGAUGAAGUGGCAUUUAAUUAAAACAAAUCCAUGCAGUA